CCGACCGGCCUUCGUGGCCGACACCCAACUGCAGCCAUGGCCGCCACAUCCUACGAUGCGCUCGGCUGGUUCUAUAUCGGCUUCACCAUCGUCUGGUCACUCCUGCUCAUUGGCGGCAUGAGCUUCCUGUACUGCCAUCGCAAGCUUCCAUUCCUCCAGAUCCGCAAGCUCGGUCUCAUAUACUGUGCCGUCGUCCUCCUCCACCUGUACGCCAUCUCAUGCACUCUCGGCAUCACCUACGGCACCAUGGUGCCCUGCGAGGUCCAAUUCUGGGUCAUGAGCAUCUACCUGCCCUUCGGCAUGGCCCUGCUCCAGGCUGCAAACUCGCAGUUCCUUUACAUUGCCAGCCAGCAACGCCGCUUCGCAUCCUUGGGCAACCUCGCGGAGCAGGAGGUUUCAGACAAGUCGGCGCCCAUCAACCAGGCACUCCCUUGGUACAAGCGAGCCAUCGCCAAGUGCCGCAACGCAGACAAGCCGACGCGCGCCCUCAUCUACAUCGGUAUCGGCAUGGCCGUGCAGUUUCUUCUCACGUCAAUCGUCUUCUUUGGCUCUGAGAUGUUUCAUCCCGGAUUUGGCUUCUUCAAUGUCCAUGUUCCUGGCACUGAGAAGGAUCGUGCCGAGAUGUGCCUUACUGGAUGGGAGUGGUGGCUCUCCAUCGUCUGGCAGUUUUUCUGGACCUGGUUCUACGCUCCCUACCUGUUGUGGAAAACACGCAACAUCCAUGACACUCACGGCUGGCGAAUUCAGACAAUCGGUUGCUGCUUGUGCUUCCUGCCCGCCAGUCCCAUGUGGCUUGUAUCACUGUAUGCCCCGGCUAUGGCACCCGUCAAUGACAAGUUUGGCCCACCCAUGUGGUUUGCCUGCUCCAUCUUCAUUGCUGAGAUCCUCCUCAUCUUUGUGCCAUGCUGGAAGGUGCUCAAGACCCAUAGACUCCAGAAGGAGACUCUUGAUGCCAUCUCGUCGUGGGAGCAGAGGCACAAGACAGGUACCGUCGAGCCUGACAACAUGUCCGCCAGUAGUGCUGGCGUUGCAGGCACCACCCUCGCCGGCUCCAUUGCUGCCAGAAGCACCCACUCGAAGAGCUCUGCCACUUCCAAGAGCUCCCGGCGCAGCGACAUGUUGACCAUGGCCGGCCUCGAGAAUGCUCUCCGCAGCAACUCGCAGCCUCUUCUGGAAUUCGCUGCGCUCAAGGACUUCUCGGGGGAGAAUGUCAGCUUUCUCUCCCAUGUCGCCGACUGGAAGAGGUCGUUUGCCAGCUAUCCUGGUGGCGGAGCAAAUCACCGCGCAUCUCUAUGUGCAGACCCAGUCGCGCAGCGUCAGCGCCAGUUCAUCCGUGCUGUUCGCAUCUACUCUCACUUCAUUUCCCUUGAAUAUUCCGAAUUUCCCGUCAACAUCUCGUCCCGUGCUGCUAAGGAGCUCCACCACAUCUUUGACGAGGCUGCGCACACUUUGAACCGUCGCCGCAGCACGCAAUCCGACUCAGCCACGCCAUUCGAUGACUCUGCACACAUGCUUGCACGUUCCGGCACAGCAUCAUCUUCUUCUGCGGGUAGUUCUAGCACACGCACCGCUCACAACACCUUUGACCUGGAGGCAACUCUUGGUAAGGCGAAUCUUACAUCGGCGACACAGAUGCGGGACGACGACACCGAGCGUGUCAGCGGCGGAUUUGGCAUCACCGUGCCUGAUCAAUUCUCUCCGACGGUGCUUGAUGUUGCCGAGAAUGAGAUCAAAUACCUUGUUCUCACCAAUACAUGGCCCAAGUUCGUCGCUGCCGGUUUUGACAGCAUGAGCCGUGUCGAGGCGAAGCAAGACAAGGACUUCCUGCCCUCCCAACUGCGGAAACUCAUCUGUGGUGCCAGCGAUAGCUACGUAUGAGUCUUAGGGCGGUCUACAAACAUGUCACAGAGGUCGUUGAGGUUGUUGGCAUUCAGGAACAUACAUGGAGCUUUGUCUUUAAAAACAAUAUUCUGAUUUCCCAGCCGCCGCCUGCCGAGGUCCAAAGGUCCCAAAUAUCUGCUUUCAAGGUGUUCGGUCAUAUGAAGUUCAUACCCUUGAACAAUCCAUUCGCGAGAUAUACAUUCAUGCUCAUCCUCUCAUAGCUCAUAGUAAUUUUAUCCAUAAUUUCAGGUGUUGGCGCUCUCAAUGUCUGCCACGGGAAAUAACUCGGGUCGUGUGAAG